AUGGAACAAGAGUUUGAGCCCGUGCAGGUAGAGCAAGUACAAAGUAAUUACCAACUUCCUCAAGGUAAUUACGCUCCACCCCCAGGAAAUUACCCUCCGCCUCAAGCCAGUUACCCCCCACAACAGGUCAAUUACCCUCCACAACAAACCAAUUACCCCCAAAAACAGACAAAUUACCCUCCACCGCAGGUCAGUUACAUUCAACCACAGGUCACUUACUACCAGCAGCAGCAG